CUUACUAUAUAAGCACAUUUUUUUUGUUUUUUUAAACAAUUGAGUAACAAUGAAAAGCAUUGUUUUCUUAGCGCUAGUUGCUUUGGCAGCCGCCGCCCCUAAGGGGGCACAACUGCAAUUUCGAAACCUUUACAAGAACCCAGUUGGUGAGAUUAGAACUAAACCAUCUCCUCACAUAAUCGGCGGUCAAGAAGCUGAACCCCAUUCCAUACCUUUCCAAGUUUUUCUGGAGAUGUACACUGACAACGGUGGCUGGUACUGCGGUGGUUCUCUCAUUUCUGCGAACUAUGUGUUGACGGCAGGACAUUGCGGCCAAGAUGUGACGAGAGCUGUGGUCACACUAGGAGCUCACCAACUUUCAGAAGCUUCGGACGGACAACUCGAAAUUGAAAGUACCACCGUGACGGUUCAUCCCGAUUUCGACUAUGACCUAAUUGUUAAUGAUAUCUCAGUGAUUCAGCUUCCCGAAGCUGUGACUUUUACUGACACGAUUUCCCCUGUGGUACUGCCAACAGAUUCGAGUAGUACCUAUACCGGAGAAACUGCCAGAGUUAGUGGAUGGGGUUUGACGGACGGUUUUGGUAACGCAUUGUCAGACGUGUUGAACUACGUGGAUGUCAGAGUUAUUAGUAACAACGAAUGUGCGGAAGAUUUUGGACCAGUUGAGGAGACCAUCGUUUGUACAUCUGGAAACGACAAGACUGGGUCUUGCAGUGGAGACUCUGGAGGUCCUUUGGUUGUAGAUGGGGUUCAAAUCGGGAUUGUGUCGUUCGGAAUGACUUAUUGUCUGCCAGGGUAUGCUUCAGCAUUUACAAGAGUUACAAGCUACUUGGAUUGGAUUGCUGAGAAUACCGAUGUUACUUUUUGAUUUUAAAUAUUAAUAGUGUUAGGGUGCAAAAAUUAAUAAAAGAUUACUAAAUUA